GCUGGGUCGUCCGGGCGACGAAAAAGGGGAAGGGGUGCGGGGCCUGGCGGGCAAACUGAGGCUACGGACUGUUGGGUGGUUCCGUCAGGCGUUGUCGGGAGAGCUGCGGAGCCAGGUGUCCAGAGUUCACGCCACACUCCAGGAGGUGCCUGAGCGAGUGAGCCGGCCAGCGAGCCCCGCGGGUUGGGACCAUGGGCUGCUUCUUCUCCAAGAGACGGAAGGCUGGCAGGGAGUCGCGGCCCGAGAACGAGGAGGAGCGGCCAAAGCAGUACAGCUGGGAUCAGCGCGAGAAGGUUGAUCCAAAAGACUACAUGUUCAGUGGACUGAAGGAUGAAACAGUAGGUCGCUUACCUGGGACAGUAGCAGGACAACAGUUUCUCAUUCAAGACUGUGAGAACUGUAACAUCUAUGUUUUUGAUCACUCUGCUACAAUUACCAUUGAUGACUGUACUAACUGCAUAAUUUUUCUGGGACCAGUGAAAGGCAGUGUGUUUUUCCGGAAUUGCAGAGAUUGCAAGUGCACAUUAGCCUGCCAACAAUUUCGUGUGCGUGAUUGUAGAAAGCUGGAAGUCUUUUUGUGCUGUGCCACUCAACCCAUCAUUGAGUCAUCCUCAAAUAUCAAAUUUGGCUGUUUUCAAUGGUACUAUCCUGAAUUAGCUUUCCAGUUCAAAGAUGCAGGGCUAAGUAUCUUCAACAAUACAUGGAGUAACAUUCAUGACUUUACACCUGUGUCAGGAGAACUCAACUGGAGCCUUCUUCCAGAAGAUGCUGUGGUUCAGGACUAUGUUCCUGUACCUACUACUGAAGAGCUCAAAGCUGUUCGUGUUUCCACAGAAGCCAAUAGAAGCAUUGUUCCAAUAUCCCGGGGUCAUAGACAGAAGAGCAGCGAUGAAUCAUGCUUAGUGGUAUUAUUUGCUGGUGAUUAUACUAUUGCAAAUGCCAGGAAACUAAUUGACAAGAUGGUUGGUAAAGGCUUUUUUCUAGUUCAGACGAAGGAAGUGUCCAUGAAAGCUGAGGAUGCUCAAAGGGUUUUUCGGGAAAAAGCACCUGACUUCCUUCCUCUUCUGAACCAAGGUCCAGUUAUUGCUUUGGAGUUUAAUGGAGAUGGUGCUGUAGAAGGAUGUCAACUUACUGUAAACGAGACAUUCAAUGGGACCAAGAUGUUUGUAUCAGAAAGCAAAGAGACGGCAUCUGGAGAUGUGGACAGCUUCUACAACUUCGCUGAUAUACAGAUGGGAAUAUGAAGUGCAAUGUGGAACCAGGACUUGGUAUUAAGCCUUUCCCAACUUGUGAAUAUAGAAUUUGAUAAUAUACUUUUGUGUAUUAGCAAUGGUUUUUACUAAUGCUAAAACUGUUGAAGUUUAUUUUUUAAUAAAUUGUUGAAUAUUA